AUGGACUCAGAAUUUCGCCUGAAUCAGUUUAUGGACAAUGUUAUCGAAUGCGACGUCCUGGACGAGACGUUUGCCGGUUUCACCAAAAACACCAUUGAAUCGGAUAAAAUGUCCAGGCAGAUUCUCCAGGACAACCUGGUGAAAAUACUGCAAAACGUACCACCGGAGAUGAUGGAGAAUGUGAUUCAGUUCUUCGUGAAGAGGGUCAGCAAAAUUGUCAACUACAGUAUUUCUCGCAUGCUAUUUGAAGUUCUCGAAGCGGCAAUUCUCACAAUGUCUCAUCCAGCCGUAUCGGAACUGAAAUUUUCCAAGCUGGUUGCUGCUUUCAUCGACAGCUUCCGCCCAGUGGCCGAUAUGGUCUCCUUCCACGGACGACCGCCAACGUUUCCCAUCGUCGGCCACUCCCUGGCAGCCACCAUCAUUAAGCUCGACAAUGCUACCGGCAAGUACAAGCACAAGGGACAACUGCCCUACGAUAUGGAUCUUGAAGAGCCGCAAAUGGACUUGCUUUACUUCAUCAUGGAGCAAAAUCAUUCUCGAGAGACCAUUGCUCAUAUGCUGUCCUUUAGCAAGACCAAAGAACGCAGUGUCAUUCUCGAGAAACUGCUCGUUGAGAUGAUCGUCAGAACCAUUGUCAAGUGUGGCCAGAUGAAGUUCACCAUGGAGAAUGACAAUUUCGAAAAGUACAAUCUGGAAAACUGCGACACUGAAACGCAUCAGAUGUUUUUGCAGUGGCAGAACGUUGCAUCCUCCUCAAUUUAUUACGAGUUCUGCUACCAGAACAUUCACUUCCCCAGCUUCCUCAACGACCUAGCUGGCAGGCUGCAGGAGCUUCAGAGCAGAGAGAAGACGAACCAGUAUCUGAUCAAGAGUCGUGAGUUCUUCAUGUGGACACUGCUGCAGAUGCUCUCUCGGUACAUUCCCAAGCAUCCUUUUGACAAUUUGCUGUCGAUAUUUCGAAUGUACGACAUGCUGUACCCGGAGACGACAGCCGUUCCCUUGCCUGAUUUAGACAAGAUCAACUGCAUCUACAUCCUCUCGGCGGCUUCAUCGUGGAUUCUCCUCAGCAUCAAGGCCGAACAUGAUAAGGUUCGCUUUAACCGUACACCCCCUAUCGGCCUGGAGGAGCACAUCAAAUUUCUGCAAGGGCUCAUCUCAAACCCAAGCUUUACUCCUUCAAAUGACUUUAUUGUGGUGUUGCUGUGCAAUACCUGCAUGGCCAACACUGAGCGGUACACUGCGGCGUUUCGCUUUCUCGAGAACAUGCUCGGCUCACGAUCGACUCCUGGAGCACUGCAACAGCCGAGAAAUCAGGGACCGAUUGCCAUGAACUUUCUCGAUUCCAUUGCCGUUCAUUCUCGUUUCAACCUAACUACCCAUAUAAUGACCCACUUUAACAACUUGGCACAGUCAAAGUCUCAGCAACCGCUGUCCUCUGGAGUUGUGGAAACCUACAGUCGAAUGAUGUCGUACACUGAAAAUGAGCAGCUCAGUAUCAAGACAUUUUUGAACCAACUGCUGCCCACUGUUUUGCGGUAUCACUGCUGGAACUAUCUUUUAAAUUUUCUCGAGAUGUUCUCCUAUCGCCUGCACCGGGUUGGCUGCUUCACGCGCCUGCAAAUUCUUCGCAACGUCCUCUCCAAAACCAUCUUCUCUCAGAUGAACAACGUUCAGCUGUACGGCUGCAUUGAGAACAUGGCACUGAAGAACAUCAACGGCUUCAACUCUAUCGACUUUCUCAACCUCUCCGCGCAGAUGCUCAGAAACAACUUUGAAGUGCUCAACUUCCUCCCUAUUGAAUCGGAGGAGCUGUACAAGGUGUACGUCCUGACGCUGUCUCGCGCCAUUCACAUUACCGGCAUGGAGGCGCUCUCGGUGAGCUGGGCCAUCGACAUCAUCGCCAACAUGCGGAACACGCUCAAUCUGAACCUUUCCUGGCCGGAGUUCACCAUGAACUGCCUGCCCCUGCAGGUGGCCAAGUUCUACCAGGACAACUACCAACAGCAGCCGUCGAACAAGACGGAGUUCCGCCUGGCAGUGGACGAGGAGUACCGCAAGUGGAAGGCAAUGACCAAUGAGGGCGACCUGGUGAAGCACUUCUCCGCCCCGGGGGCGCUCUUCUACUGCGUCCUCUACAAGCUGGCGCUCGACAGUGAGACCAUCACCCCGGUCGUCUACCAGAUUCUCGACCGCAUUGGCGUCCGCGGCCAGAUCAUGCAGAUGCGCACCUUCAUCGAGUGCCUGGUGGACGUGUACUCUACGCUGACCAAGCAGCAGUCGCCGCAGAUCUACACCGCUCUGAGUAAUCUCAUCUGGAAGUACAACAUCAUUCCCCUGGAGCGACUGUUGCUCUGUCUGGCGCUGCGACACUUUGAGAGCGACUCUGACCAGCAAAUCUGCUUCUACAUCAUCUACCAACUGCUCCGGUCGGAUAAGGACGUGCCCAACAUUGAGCUUACCUCACGGGUGCGGGACUUUGUCAAGGACAACUCGCCGGAGCACUGGAAGUACUCCAACUGGGCGGAGAAGCACGCAGCCUAUCACAGUCAAUAUCCGGAAGAGUUUUACUUCAAGCACCUGCAAGAGGCCAGUGUUCAAGGAAACGCCAAUGCCACCACGCUGCAGCCAAUGUUUAGUAAUCUUUGUCUGCGGUUACUUCCAAUUUUCGAUGUCAUCAUUCACCGAAUAAUCGAAAUAGGACCGAGUCCAAAGACGCUCAAUGUGAGCGUCUCCGAGGCGGUGGCCCACUCGAUCCUGACCGUGAACGGGGCGUUGUACAAGUUCCACGAUCAGCCGAUCAUGUACCUCUACAACACACUGCACUACUACGACAUUAAUCUGCGCGUGAAGAACACCAUCAAGCGGAAGCUGGUGUACGCCAUUUACAAUGCACUGAAGGAGGUGAGAGGUCGCAAUUGGGCAUUCACCGAGAAGUUCAUCUCCAUGGAGGCACGCUCGGAGGAAGAGGACUGGAAGCUAGAUGACAAGUACUACCUGGCGUUGAUUGGGCGCGUCGUGGAGACGAUGAAGGACCACCUGAAGUGUCCCCUCUCGCCCACUGACUACCGAUUCAACGAGUUCCCCAACGCCCACUCGCACAUCGUCUACGUGACCUGCGUCGAGCUGAUGGCGCUGCCGUGCAAGGCCUCCGACGUGGGCAACGCCCUGCUCAAUGUGGUGCUGAACAACCACCAGGGCCUGCCCCGGGAGGACAUUGACCUGUGGAUCAACGGCAUCGCCAUGGUGCUGGCCUCGCUGCCGGACGGCUUCACCGCCGCCAUCAACGACCGCAUCAUCGAGCUGCUGAAGAAUCCGGCGGCGCUGGCCGGCCUCAACAUUCAGCAGCUGGCGGACUUUAAGAACAACCACCACUACGUGAACGAGUGCGAGAUCAGCUACCUGAUGGCGAUCGUGUACGUCUUCUGGAGCCACGACGCCAUCGGUCGCGUCUGCAUCGUCCACAAGUUCCUCAAGGAGCGCGUCAAGCCGAUCAUCCAGACGGAGGAGCAGUACCUCUUCAUUUGCUACCUGGUAGGGCCGCUGCUGAAUCGCCUCUGCAACGAGCGCACCCGAACCGUCAUGGACAUCACCGUGGAGCUGUACGAGAUGCUGGAGAUAAUCGACAAGAAGAUUGCACGCUUCAACUACUUUGACAACAUCUGCGACCUGAUGUACCAUCUUAAAUACAUGUUCACUGGCAACCACAUCAUCAAGGAGAUCGAAGGACCCAUCGGCCGUCUCCGUCCGCAGUACCUGCACAAGCUGCGCUUCAUCACCAACACCACCAUCACCAACACCGAACCGGCUGAUGCCGCCGAAGCGGUACAACGGGAAGCCCUCAACGGUGGAACCGACGGCAACAACAACACCGGUGUUGCUGGUGUGGCUCGUUUUUAG